GGUGAGAGAGAGAGAGAGAGAGAGAGAGCGAGCUGCCAUCCUGUGCUGCCAUUGGCUGUCUGUGUGGAGGGUGGGGUUUAGCUGGUGGGGGUGGUGCUGCUGCAGUCAGCCUCAUUCUUCACGAGGAGCUGAUCAGAGGCAGCAGAGAGUGUGUGUGUGUGUGUGUGAGUGUGUGUUCUCUUCACAGCAAACACCGAACGGCGGCUGAGAACCACAGACAGCAGCACCCACCUCCCCUCUCUCCAACCCAGGCAGGGUGCACCAUCCCUGGGCUGAACUCUGCACGGACCCAGCCUCUUCUCUCUGGAGCUCUGCGGUGUCUCUGCUCCUCCAACCGGCUUUUGGUUUUUUCCUCGCUCCGUCCUCUCUACAUGUGUGUGCGUGUGUGUGUGUACAUGAGGACACUUCUGCAGAGCUGUUAAUGUGACACACACACACAGAGACACACACACCACCUGGAUGUGAUGCAGAGCUUUGUCCCUGUUUCUGGGAGGAUUUCAGAUGGAUUAACAUGAUGGAGUGAUUCAGAACUACAGAGACAGGCUGGAUUUUCUCCCGGAGGUCCUCGUUGGAGUUGUCGACUGAGCAGCUCCUCCGUCACAGUUUUCCCACGCUGGGAUUUACAUCUCGUGAAAUCUGUCUCCCUGCACAACGAGGGCGGGGAACGCACAGUAUGAUAAUGCAAUUAGAGAGCUGAAAGCGGAGCUGUGGUCCAGCGGACUCAUCCCCGUCCAAACUGAAGAGCUUCUUUAGCGCCGAGCUAAUCACACAGGAGAUCGUCCUGAUUAAAGAAUAAUCAGCCGGCGCUUCCUGCAUUAGAGAGGACGGAGAUAAGAGAGAUGAAAGGAUGCUGCAGGGACCCGACGAGGGACUGAGCCCGACCUGAACCUCCCCCAUCCUCCUCCUCCUCCUCUCCCUUUCCUCCCCCCGACCCCCCUCAGAGCCCUCAGCGCCUCCAUCCCAUCAUGAACCUGCUGUGUCGCGGGCGCCUGAAGCUGCUGGUGGCGUCUCUCACGGCCAUCGUCCUCCUCACCUGGCUCUACCUGCUGGCUGGAAACCUGGAGAAUGGUCGCUCCCUCCUCCUCGCUCCCUGUCUGGCCGACACGCCGGCGGCCCAAGUCCUGGAGCGAGCCGUCCUCGAGUCGCGGGUUCGAGAGGUGGAGGAGGAGAACCGGCAGAUCCGGUUGCAGCUCAGCCAAUCGCAAGGCACCGCCGCUCAGCCGCCGGACGGUAACUACGGCAACCAACAGUGGGGAGCCUCAGCGGACACGGGACCGGAGGACGGAGACAACACGGCGGAGGAGAAGAACAACAACCACACGGAGUGUCCUCGAUCGCCCACCGUCCAGAAGUGUGAGCUCAUCCAUGUAGCGUGCGUCUGUGCCGGUCACAACGCCAGCAGAGACGUGGUCACGCUGGUCAAGUCCGUCCUGUUUCACAGGAGGAAUCCGCUUCACUUUCAUUUCAUCACCGACACGGUAGCCAACCGCAUCCUGAGCUCUCUGUUUCAGUCCUGGAUGGUUCCGUCUGUGCAAGUCAGCUUCUACGACGCAGACGAACUCAAGUCCGAGGUGUCGUGGAUACCAAACAAACAUUACUCAGGUAUUUACGGCUUGAUGAAGCUGACGUUAACCAAAGCUUUGCCCUCAGACCUGUCAAAGGUCAUCGUCCUCGACACCGACAUCACCUUCGCCACCGACAUUGCCGAGCUGUGGGGCAUUUUUAGGAAGUUCACAGAUAAACAGGUGAUUGGCCUGGUGGAGAACCAGAGCGACUGGUACCUGGGGAACCUGUGGAAGAACCACAAACCCUGGCCUGCACUCGGACGAGGCUUCAACACAGGUGUCAUUCUUCUCUACCUGGAGCGUCUGCGGAGAAUCGGUUGGGAGCAGAUGUGGCGGCUGACAGCAGAGAGGGAGCUAAUGAGCAUGCUCAGUACAUCGCUGGCUGAUCAGGACAUCUUCAACGCCUUCAUAAAGCAGAACCCGGUCCUGGUCCACCAGCUGCCCUGCUUCUGGAACGUCCAGCUGUCCGAUCACACUCGAUCCGAGCAGUGCUACACCGAGGUGUCCGACCUCAAGGUGAUCCACUGGAACUCACCUAAGAAGCUCCGUGUGAAGAACAAACACGUGGAGUUCUUCAGGAACCUCUACCUGACCUUCUUAGAGUACGACGGGAACCUGCUGAGACGAGAGCUGUUCGGCUGUCCGAGUCAGGCGAGUCCAGAGAGCGUCCAGCUGCAGACCGCCCUGGAGGACCUCGACGAGGACGACCAGUGUUAUGACUUCCGGCGGGAGCGACUCACCGUUCACAGAGUGCACCUCUACUUCCUGCAGUACGAGUACGUGCCCGCCGAGGACGACACCGACGUCACGCUGGUGGCCCAGCUGUCCAUGGACAGGCUGCAGAUGCUGGAGGCCAUCUGCAAGCACUGGGAAGGUCCCAUCAGCCUGGCGCUCUACAUGUCCGACGCCGAGGCUCAGCAGUUCCUGCGUUACGCUCAGGCCUCCGAGGUCCUCAAGAACCGCAAGAACAUCGGCUACCACAUCGUCUACAAGGAGGGCCAGUUCUACCCGGUCAACCUGGUGAGGAACGUGGCCCUGAAGAACGCCAACACGCCGUACGUGUUCCUGACGGACGUGGACUUCCUGCCCAUGUACGGUCUCUACGAUUACCUCAGAAAGUCCAUGGUGCAGCUGGACAUGGCUCGUACUAAGAAGGCUCUGGUGGUUCCAGCCUUCGAGACGCUUCGUUACCGUCUGUCCUUCCCCAAAUCCAAAGCUGAGCUGCUCUCCAUGCUGGACAUGGGGACUCUCUACACCUUCAGGUAUCAUGUGUGGCCCAAAGGUCACGCUCCUACCAACUAUGCCAAAUGGCGAACAGCCACCACACCUUACAAGGUCGAGUGGGAGCCGGACUUUGAACCGUACGUCGUGGUGAGGCGAGACUGUCCGGAGUACGACCAGCGCUUCGUGGGUUUCGGCUGGAACAAGGUGUCCCACGUCAUGGAGCUGGAUGCACAGGAGUACGACCUGAUGGUCCUCCCCAACGCUUUCAUGAUCCACAUGCCGCACGCUCCCAGCUUCGACAUCUCCAAGUUCCGCUCCAGCUCCAGUUACCGCAACUGUCUGAACACCCUGAAGGACGAGUUCCACCAGGACCUGUCCAGGAAGUACGGCUCGGCCGCUCUCAAGUACCUCACCGCCCAGAGGAACAUCUAAAACAAGAAAAAAGAAAAACAGCUGAGAGCCAGCGACUCCGUCAGCCUACGAGCUUUCUCCGAGAUGCUCGGACAUGAACUGACGCCGCACUGCGCCGCCGGCCGCGCGCCGCAAGCAGAGCGCAAACAAUGACGGUAAAGCUUUACAGCCUUCAUAAACACUGUCGGGCUGCUGCGCAUUAAUUCUCCAGUCGACUCCACCUCAAGGUGACGACAAACCGGACAUGUCCUAAAAUUCACCGGGCUGAGCGAGGCGAUCGACGAUUGGGAUACUGAUUGGACUAGCUUUAAGGCCGGGAAACAACAACCAUAUUCUUACAACUUGUUCUGACAAUCAGGACUUUUUCCAGAGGACACACGUGUCCCCGCGGAUAUCUGGACACGACGGGACUCGUGCGGUUUGGGGGAAGCUGGAACGUAUGAAUGGUGUUUGUGAGGCCAGUCGAACUGGAGAAAGAUCUAAGCCUUAUCAUCUCCAUGAUAUUUACUGAGACAUUUAAUAAUUUCUCCUUUUUUUUCAGUGUGAAUCGGAACCAAUGAAUAAUAUGACGAUGUUUUGAUUACGACUUUACACGAGAAUCAGUUUAUUUUUCCUUUAUAGAUUUUCUGACCUCUAAAAAUUCAGUCACGUCACGUCGAAUCAUUUCUGCGAGCUUCAGGGAUGUGAGUGUGUGUGUGUGUGUGUGUGUGUGUGUGUCGUCUUCAACACACACCGACUGACUGUCAUCGACGUCAUCCUCGCUUCUGUCUUGAUCACAUAUUUGCUUGCAUGUAAACCGUUGCACUACAUCCAGUUUUUUUCCCACCAUCCAUCUCUCUCUCUCUGAACGAAGCAAAGUCUGACCGGGACCAACUCGUGCGACCAACGCUGACUCGUUACAGCGAGUUAUUAAUGAAGCGCCGACACUCGGAUGAAUGGCGGGAGCUUCUCUCGUGUUAAUGUCUGAUUCACUGGAUUUAUGUGCCGUCUACUGAACCACCCUUUGUUUUUGUAAAGUCCGACUGAAACCUCACACCUCGCUGUCUCCACGGUCAGAUCAAAUGAAAUGUUACCAUGCUGAAAGGAAACGUCUGAGGUUUUCCACGUGUCUGUUUCAGGCUGAUAAAGAAUGUUAAACUAUCUCACAAGCCAACGACAGACAGAAAAUUUCAAUGUUUAGACUACACAAAGGUACACACGCCUUUCAUCGCCACCUAAAAUCCACAUUUGAUCUCAGCGACUCACGAAGGUGUGAACAACUCGACGUGUCAACAGGUCCAGCUGCCGUCUUCAGUUUGCUCGUGGUGUUAACGUGAAUCUCUGCUGAUCCGAUCACAGACAGACGUACGUCACUUCACACCUCAUCAGGUGACAGCGAGCAACAUUUCUACACACCAAGACUUCAUCUGCAUUUCUGAUCGUCUCGAUCAACACAAAUCCACAUAAAUAUAGAUAAUGUCAAGAACACCCUAAGAUAAAUCAACACCACACAGACUACAAAGAAAAAACUGAAUUUAUAGCGAUUCAUUUGACUUCUCGGCUCUAUAAACAGAAAAACCAAACGCUUUGUUAGUUUUAACCGGCGGAUCAAAGGUAGCAUGAUAUGAAGAAAGAAAUCUUAAUUAAGAUUGUGAUAACGAGCAUUUCACAAAGUUUCUCUGAAGUCCAAACUACAAAAUUUGUCUGUUUUCAAAGUUUCGUGUGACAGUUUGUCGUGGUCAACUUCACGACAUUUUUUACAAGGAAAGAAAAAACGUCCUUUUUGUAUUUGCCAAAUUUACAAACGCAACAUAAAUGAGAAUUAAAAUUAUUAAAACAUAAAACAACUUAUUCCUGUAGAUGACGGAGAACGAGGCGCCGCCGUUAAGACUUUAGUUUCAGUUGGACUUUAAUCUGAUUUUAAUUAAACUGUUUAAUUAUUUUAGAUUUUUUUGGAGUUUGGACGUUUUCUUGGACUGUCCAGCACUUACAACCUUUAGUGGAUUAUCGUGGUCCCCAGAGGAAGAGCCCCAAUAAUUUUAAUGACUCAUCUUUAUUGUAAAAAUUUAAAUGACCAAACUUCAGCGCCUGACAGUUAUUGAAGAUUUUUGACCAAAUUGACCCACAUGUUGUUGGAGAUUCGAGCUCCCCAGAGGAUGAUCCUAACGUUUUUUUUUAAAGUCCUAAUUGGGCGAUUUCAUUUCACCUUCGUUUGUGUUAAACACAGUUUUGAUCACAGCGUUCAGAAGGCGAGCAGGGAGAGCCGAUCGAGCUCUGGUGUCGUUUCCACAGAGGAUAAACCAUGAGUCGGAUCAUGAGCGAUGGUGGACGUGAUGGCCGCGGAGUUUGUUUGUUGAACCGUGCCAUGAAGAGCCCCUCCACCCCCCGCCGCCAUCCACGCCGCCUCCAUUGACUUCUUGUUGAUUGUGGUAAAUGCUAGUGCCUUUGCUGUAUUGUGAAACUGGAUAUUGAUUGUACUGUUGUACCGACAGGGCCUCGUCAGGCACUCUAUUUAUUAUUGUUGACUCAAAUCAAUCAUAUUUUUCUAUGUAAGUGCUUUAAAUAAAAAUUUGCCC